AUGCAGAAGCCUAAAAUGUUAACUCCAGAAGGUCCAUACAGACUUCUCUAUUGUUCGAGUAAGGGUGACAAAACAGGGGUGAUGCAGGAGUUAGAGAAAGGCGUAGAGCCAGAUCUUGGGGACUAUGAUAAGAGAACAGCUCUUCAUUUGGCAUCUUGUGAAGGCUGCACCGAGAUUGUUCUUCUUCUUCUUCACAAAGGUGCUAAUGUUAAUUGCACUGAUCGUUGGGGCCGCACUCCAUUGUCGGAUGCUCGUAGCUUUGGUCAUGAUGGGAUUUGCAAGAUAUUGGAAUCUAGGGGCGGAAUAGAUCCGGUAGGGCUUGACUCUCAACUUCCGUGCUAUGAAAUUUCUUACAAAGAGGUGAACAUGGACGAGGCAACACUUAUUGGAGAGGGAGCAUAUGGUGAAAUUUAUUUAGUAAAGUGGCGCGGUACAGAAGUUGCUGCUAAAACAAUCCGUCCCUCCAUCGCUUCUAAACCAACUGUCAAGGAUCUAUUUCUGAAGGAACUUGCUUUGUGGCAACGGUUGCGUCACCCAAACAUAGUUCAAUUCCUUGGGGUCAUGAAGCACCCUGAUCGCUUGAUCUUCCUUACGGAGUUCCUUUGUAAUGGAAGUUUGCAUGAUAUAUUGAAAAGGAAGGGAAGACUUGAUCUACAAACCGUUAUUGGUUAUGCUUUGGAUAUUGCUAGAGGUAUGAAUUAUCUCCAUCAGCAUAAACCGCGCCCUAUAAUCCAUAGAGAUUUGACACCAAGAAAUGUGUUACAAGAUGAAGCUGGACGCCUCAAGGUCACAGAUUUUGGCUUAAGCAAAAUAGCACAGCACAAUGACGUAUCUGGUUAUAAAAUGACUGGAAGGACAGAUCGGUAUAUGGCACCAGAGGUUUAUCGUCGAGAAUCAUAUGGAAAGAGUAUUGAUAUCUUCUCAUUUGCUCUAAUAGUACAUGAGAUGUUUCUAGGAGGACCAUCAAAUCUGGCAGAGGAUCCUGAACAAAUUGCAGACAAGAGAGCAUAUGAGCAUUCAAGACCACCUCUCUACUCUUAUUUGUACCCCGAACCAAUUAGAGCGCUUCUAAAAGAAUGCUGGCACCCGAAUCCAGAUUGCCGACCAACAUUCCAAGAGAUCAUUGAGCAGUUGGAGCUUAUUCAAGAGGAUACUCAAGUCAAGAAAAGAUUGGGGUCUACUUGUAAUACAACAAAGGCAACUACAAGAUCAGUCACUCAAUUGUGUACAAGGCUGGAACAGUCCGGAGUUUCGGCUCCUCCAGACCAAAGUCUAGAAAGGCAAAGAGGUCCCCGAAUGAACGUCUACCAGCGAAGGUGCAUGAGGAACCAAUCAACAAUUGAAAGGUAUCAACAACCUUUAGAUUCUGAUUCUUCGGAUGAAGAAGCUGGAAAUUUUCGAAUGGGACGCAGGCUGGUUGAAAGAGAUCAAGAUCCUAGAUUAAAGGCGGCGAUUUCUUAUUUUUCUGGUGAGGAACAACCGGAGGAGGUCUUGGACUGGUUGAAAGAAGUAGAAAGGGUCUAUGAGUACUUAGAGAUUCCAGAGCACAAAAAGGUCAAGGCUGUAGCUAUCAAAUUCAAAGGGUAUGCUUCUUUUUGGUGGGAUCAGGUUCAAAUGUCAAGGAUUCAGUCUGGAAAAGAGAAAAUCCAGAAUUGA